UGAGCAGGCAGAGACAUGCAUGCGUCAUCUUCCACCGAUGUAUAUCGUGGAUGGAUGGCUAAGAAAUAUACUCCUCGUUAGCUAGCUAGAUGCCGAUGGAUGGAUGAUGAUGUAUCGGAAAGGCACCCGGGCAGCCAGGAUAUAUCGGAGCAGCUGGUAGGCGGCCGGGUAGCAGCAGCACCGCACGUAACGACUAUAAAAAGUGCAGGUAUAGGCGUGGCGAGCUACGUGCAGUUAAGAUUGCUAGCUAAUUUCCUCUAUAUAAUCGAUCGAGCAGCAGCUAGGGAAUUGAGGCAGCUUAAUUGAUCGAUGGUGGUGGCCAGCAGCAAGAAGAAGCAGGCGGCGAGCAGCAGCUGCAGAGACAGAUCGUAUUCUUCUUCUUCUUCCUCUUGUUCAGUAGCAGCAGUAGUGCAGUCGGCCGAGGCGGCAGGAGGGAUGAGGAAAGGCCCGUGGACGGAGCAGGAGGACGUUCAGCUGGUCUGGUUCGUGCGGCUGCUGGGCGAACGGCGCUGGGAUUUCUUGGCAAAGGUGUCAGGUUUGCGCGGCGGCGGGUGAGCAUAUGCGUGCGUGCAUCGUUUCUCAUCAUGUGGAUGGAUGGAUGGAUGGAUGCAUGCAUGCCCGCAUAUGCACCAUAUUACAUGUAGUUAUCCUGAUGAUUUACUUACUUACCUGCGAUGCUCCGGCCCUCCCUCUCGAUCUUGUGUGUGUUGUGCGUGCGUGGGUGGUGCAGGUCUGCAGCGCAGCGGCAAGAGCUGCCGUCUCCGGUGGGUGAACUACCUCCACCCUGGGCUGAAGCGAGGGCGGAUGAGCCCCGACGAGGAGCGCCUCGUCAUCCAGCUGCACGCCAAGCUCGGCAACCGCUGGUCGCGCAUCGCCAAGAGCAUGCCCGGCCGCACCGACAACGAGAUCAAGAACUACUGGCGCACGCACUUGCGCAAGCUCAAGCUAAUUCAGGCGCACAGCAAGCAGCAGCAGGACGCCACCACCACCACGCCCAUGCCUUCCGACGACCACCACCACACCUCCUCGCCCGUGGCUUCCGACGACGACUCUUCCUCAGCUGCUUCGUCCUCCUCCAACUCCUACAGCCUGCAGCCGGCCAGCCAGGCCCAGGAGGACCAACUACUGCUUCAUCUGCCUCUCUGGAACGACGACUUCGACUGUUGUUGGAGCAGCAACGUCGUCGCUACUCCGCCGCCGAUGGCCGCCUCGCCGCUCUGGGACGACGACGCCCUCUGCUGCUCGGAUUAUUCGCUACCCCUCUCUCUCUGGGGAUCAUCGUCAGGCCACGACGACUACAUCAAGAUGCUCGAUGCCUCCUAAUCACCCAAUCCAUCGAUAUAUACGCCAAUGGAUCAUACCCAUCCUAUAUUAGCUAGCUAGCUUGCAGCUUGAUGCACUUUGCAAGUACCAUGCAUGUAUCCACACACACACACACACACACAUAUAUAUAUAUAUAUAUAUUCAUAUAUGCCUGCCAAGAGAGAUGUAAUAUAUAUAUAAAUUAACUCGAUCGAUCGAUCGUUAAUACUAGCUAGGCAACUUGCAUCUCAAUCGUCUCUGAUCAGUGAUCACUUAAUUUGUACGUACGUACGUAGAGGUUAAUUGUAUUUGUAGCCACUCGAUCACUUUAUUAGUUACUACUACUGCUUUUCCUUCAAUUCCUAUCUAUGUAAGUAACAGCUAGCUAGCUGCUUAUAUACACAUCCAUGUGUCCAUGUUUGUGAUGCCUCUUGUAACAUGCACGCACGAACGCAUAUACUUUUCUGAUA